AUGGUCAAAGACGACAGCCAAACGAUUUCGGUCCCGUACCUCCUCGUCCUCCUCGUCCUCGCAGCCGCCAUCCUCCGCCUCCUCUUCUUCUCGAACUCGUCAGGCGACACCCCGCCCGCGGGUCGGCACAACCCGCUCAACGUCCUGCGGGCGCGCGAGACGGCCGUCGAGCGCAUACAGCAAAUGUUCCCCCAGGUCGAGCGACGGACCAUCCUGUGGGACCUGCAGCGCAACGGAGGCAACGUGCAGACGACGAGCGAGAGGAUCCUGGCCGGACGCAUCGAGACGGUGAGCUCCUCCGUCUUCCUCUUCUUUCUUUCUUGUCUUCUUUGCCGGCUUCCUUCUCUUUACUGCUCGAAGAGCUACGGCGUAGACACUGCAUACGCAUCAGACAUCAGGGUGAGGGGUGAAGCCGAGAAUGUUCCGCGCUAA